CGGCGCUGCGGGAGCUGCUGGGCGGGUGAGUGAGGGUCGGGGAGUCCAAGGUCAGCUCAGCGGGGUCACUCCGGCCAAGGUCACCGAGGACCCGGACUGCCGUGAUCCGGAGUAGGGCGGGGACCGCCGGGGACUGCGUGACCCAGGGAUAGCAUUUCUCCGGAGCUGCUGCCCCCGCCCGGGGGGAUGGGCGCAACCACGCCAGAUGGACGAGAAGACCAAGAAAGCGGAGGAGAUGGCCCUGAGACUCAGCCGAGCCGUGGCAGGCGGGGAUGAAAAGGUGGCAGUGCAGUGUGCCAUCUGGCUGGCAGAGCAGCGGGUGCCCCUGAGUGUGCGACUAAAGCCUGAGGUCUCCCCAACACAGGAUAUCAGGCUGUGGGUAAGCGUGGAGGAUGCUCAGAUGCACACAGUCACCAUCUGGCUCACAGUGCGUCCUGACAUGACCGUGGCUUCCCUCAAGGACAUGGUAUUCCUGGACUACGGCUUUCCGCCUGUCCUGCAGCAGUGGGUGAUUGGGCAGCGGCUAGCCCGGGACCAGGAGACCCUGCACUCCCAUGGGGUGCGGCGGAAUGGGGACACUGCCUACCUCUACCUGCUGUCAGCCUGCAACACCUCACUCAACCCUCAGGAGCUGCAGCGGGAGAGGCAAUUGCGGAUGCUGGAAGAUCUGGGCUUCAAAGACCUCACGCUGCAGCCCCGGGGCCCCCUGGAGCCUGUCCCCGCGAAGCCCGGAGGCCCCCAGGAGUCGGGGCGGGGCCAGCCUGAUGCCACGCCAGAAUCCCCGCCGGUGGGCUGGCAGUGCCCGGGCUGCACCUUCAUUAACAAGCCCACGAGGCCCGGCUGCGAGAUGUGCUGCCGGGCGCGGCCUGAGGCUUAUCAGGUCCCCGCCUCGUAUCAGCCGGACGAGGAGGAAAGAGCUCGCCUGGCGGGCGAGGAGGAGGCACUGCGCCAGUACCAGCAGCGGAAGCAGCAGCAGCAGGAGGGGAACUACCUGCAGCACGUCCAGCUGGAUCAGAGGAGCCUGGUGCUGAACACCGAGCCCACCGAGUGCCCCGUGUGCUACUUGGUGCUGGCGCCCGGCGAUGCCGUGGUGCUGCGUGAGUGUCUGCACGCCUUCUGCAGGGAGUGUCUGCAGGGCACCAUCCGCAACAGCCAGGAGGCGGAGGUUUCCUGCCCCUUCAUUGACAACACAUACUCGUGCUCGGGCAAGCUGCUGGAGCGGGAGAUCCGGGCGCUACUGCCCCCUGAGGAUUACCAGCGGUUUCUGGACCUGGGUGUCUCCAUCGCAGAAAACCGCAGUGCCUUCAGCUACCACUGCAAGACCCCGGACUGCAAGGGAUGGUGCUUCUUUGAGGAUGAUGUCAACGAGUUUACGUGCCCGGUGUGCUUCCACGUCAACUGCCUGCUCUGUAAGGCCAUCCAUGAGCAGAUGAACUGCAAGGAGUACCAGGAGGACCUGGCCCUGCGGGCUCAGAACGAUGUGGCCGCCCGGCAGACGACAGAGAUGCUCAGGUCCAUGCUGCAGCAGGGCGAGGCCAUGCACUGCCCGCAGUGCCGGAUCGUGGUGCAGAAGAAGGACGGCUGUGACUGGAUGCGGUGCACUGUCUGCCACACGGAAAUCUGCUGGGUCACCAAAGGCCCGCGCUGGGGCCCCGGGGGCCCAGGAGACACCAGCGGGGGCUGCCGUUGCCGGGUGAACGGGAUUCCUUGCCACCCCAGCUGUCAGAACUGCCACUAGCUAAGGAUGGCCGGGUCCCCACGCUGGCCCAGCCCCACAUCCCCACGCUGCUGUGGGACAGGGCUAGUGCUUUGGCUCUGAUUUCUGGCCUGGGAGAUGCCUUUGUGCUUGGCUGAGACGGGCCUUGUAGAGACCACAGCCCCUGAGCUGUGUGGAUGUGUCUGUAAGGGGUAUUGCAGGGGGCCCUGCCUAAGCUUGUGCUCGGUGUUUGUGGCUCCCUCUGCCCCAGGGCCUCUGCCCUGCCUCUGGGGCUGGCUGGCCAGACCUCUCCGCUCUUCUCUGCAUCUCUCCCCUCUGCCUGACACAGACUUAAACACAGCCCUGCCGGAUGAAACCUCUGAGAGCCCCAAGUGAGCCCACACUCUGCCCUUCCCCCACCCUCAACUGCUGAGCGCCGAGCACCCAGAGCCCACCACUUCCUUGUCGGCUCUCUGGGGCUGACUUUCCUGUCUUUGCUGUCGGAGGUUUGGGGUCUCACAGCUGCUGCUAAGCCCGUUUGGAGACGGGGAAGACCUGGUGCUAUCUGAAGUGGUCCCUCAGACUUAGCUUCUGGGUCUCCCCUUUGCUGCCUGUGUGAACUAAUUAAAAUGGCUUUCC